GACAACCUUGAACUAAAUGAAAAAAAAACCAAAGACAGACACACAGAUAAUUUCAGUAUCUUAUAUACUAUAAUGCCAUUUUAUUUUAUAUAUUUUCUUUUAUACACAAUGUAGUAAAAUUUUGCACGAAGCAGUAUUCGUCGACAUCCUCCACCUAAAGCACAGCAUCACACUUGGAGUUGCUUUAACCAUGACACAAAUCCCAGCAGCUGUGCAGAAGAAAAUUACAGUGCUGAACCAACACAAUGAGAAACUAGUUGGAGUGUUGCAUGAUACUGGAUCUACGGAGAUGGUUGUCUUGUGUCAUGGAUUCAAGUCCUCGAAGGAUUUCAACACUAUAGUGAACCUUGCUGUUGCUCUGGAGAAAGAAGGAAUCAGUGCAUUUCGCUUUGAUUUUCCUGGAAAUGGAGAAAGUGAAGGUUCAUUUCAGUAUGGUAACUACCACGGAGAGGCGGAUGACUUGCAUUCUGUGGUUGAAUAUUUCAAUGGAGCAAACCGCAAAGUAAUGGCGAUCCUUGGACAUAGUAAAGGAGGGGGUGUUGUGCUUCUAUAUGCUUCUAAGUACCAUGAUGUUCACACAGUCAUCAAUUUGUCUGCCCGUUAUAUUCUAGAGAAAGGAAUUGCAAGGCGCUUGGGCGAGGACUUUCUGGAAAUAAUCAAGAAGGAUGGCUUCAUUGAUGUUAAAAAUAGAGCAGGAGACGUUGAUUACCGUGUUACCGAAGAAAGUUUAAUGGAGCGAAUUAAUACAAACAUGCAUGAUGCAUGCCUUCAAAUUGACAAAGGAUGCAGGGUAUUGACAGUUCAUGGAUCUGCUGAUGAAGUUGUUCCAGUGGAGGAUGCUUUAGAGUUCGAUAAAAUCAUACCAAACCACAAGUUACAUAUCAUUGAAGGAGCCGAUCAUUGCUAUACGUCACACCAAGCUGAGUUACCGCCUUUGGUCUUGCCAUUCAUAAAGGAAGGUCUGCAGCAGAACUAGAAUAUCUUGUUUUAGCUGAACUUGCCGGCAAUGCAGAACCUUUUUCGCAUCAUGCAUACAUCUAUCACUACGUGGGGAUUCUUCACUCUAGAUUUUGAAUGGCAUUUAGAUUUGUAUCUUGAGCUUUCAAAAUAAAGCCUUUUAAACCUGCAGACUACCACAUUUUACCUAUUCUAUGUUGGCCGUCUCUCAUUUCAAUUUAUAACAAUAAUACUACUACUCCUUGUUUCACUUUUA